CAGCCACUGUGCACUGUAGUGUGCUAAUGGUGCUUUUGUCGUUUCGGUCGAUAGAUAGCAGCCAUUAAGUUUUUUAAGUGGUCCCUACAAACAUACUUGCCACAUGAGAACUGUUUGCUAAAACGAGAAUGAAGUAUGUUACAUCUGUGACAAAUUAAGUUUAAGUGAAUUGAUGACAAUUACUGAUUUGAAAUCGCCGCGUGCGGUUUUGUUUUUGUUAAUACUUAUACACCACGUUCUGUUUUACUCGAUUCAUCAAAAACGUCAUUCAUAAAUGUCAAAAGUAAUAUCACCAGCAUGGAAACAUAUAAUCGAGGAGAAAUCGUUGAUGUAGAUGUUGGACUGCCUUUUCCGGUAGACUUGGUCGAUAAAAAUGUCCCGCAACUCAACGUGCAAGCUGGAUCAAAGAUCCGUAACUUAUUGAACUUCGCUCUACCGACUAUAAAGAAUGAAUCCCAACUUAUUAUAGUUGGAAGUGGACUUGCCAUCUCAAAAGUGAUAACCGUAGCAGAGAUGCUGAAACGUAAAGAACGUGGACUGGAUCAAUGGAACAAGAUUGGCUAUAAGAAAAUUCUGGAAUAUUGGGAACCUCAGGAGGAGGGAAUGUUUCGACUUCAAGUGACACGUGAGAUCCCUGUGAUGCACAUACUGCUAAGCAAAACGCCCCUUGACCCCACCUUGUCCGGAGUCCAGAAGGUAGAGGUGAAGGGCGUCAAAUAUCAAAAACAGCAAAGAAACCGAAGAUCAAAGCAGGGAAAAGCAAGAAAAAUGGAGGAAAAAACUUGGCAUGGAGCUUCUGAUACCGCUGCGCGAAAUGAACGGUCUGAAGGAAGUCAAUGCAGAACGGACCUAAACGCGUGCGUUCAAGGAGAAGAAAUUGGACCAAACGAGGUGCAAAACGCUGAACCGAAAUCAACAUACAUCGCAGAGUGAAUUCGCCGGAACAUUUCGUAUCUAAAACCCGUCUCCAAAAGCAGAAUCGAAAUCGCGCUACUGCUAAUCGAUAUUGCUCAAGCAAUACGGAAGCUACGAAGGGUAGUUCAAAAAAUAGGGUGAAACCGCUUGAAAAUGGAUAAUAAUACGAAAAGGGAGCAGAAGCGACCCUAGAUAGAUAGCCUGGACACUCAAUGGAAAUGGGUAUCAUAGAGUUACUCUGGGUCACAGAGUUGUUUUUCUUCAGAUGUGUAUAGAUCAUGUUGUGCGGUGAAACAUACCUGCAUAAAAUUCUGCGUUUGUAAAAAAAACGAUUAUUUAUAUCUCAGCAUAUCUGUUCACUCGUGUAUUUCCAGAUAGUGGUUAGUGCGCGCACUUUAAGAAGGAGCCUUCGUAGUGUCUAUUACUCUAUAAAAUCUAUAUUUCAAGCCUAUGUUUUAUAUAUAUAUAUAUUUUUUAUUUUUAGUUUAAAAGCUUGACUUCCAUGACGUUGAACAUCAACCGCACCAAAUAUCUACCAUUCUCGUGAUCAAAGGUUCUAGUUUAGGAAUCAAUUUAUAUAUAUAUAUAUACAACGGAGAGCAGAUAUGUAUAUCAGCGUAUACUUACGGGUGAUAGCGUCGUUUAUAAUUCUCGUAAAUAAAAUCUGCUUUUCUCGAAUGGAGCCCA